AUGAACUCUGGUGCUUUCUACUCCUGUGCUCUGUACACCCUGAGUCUGGCAGAGCUUGUUGCUGGGAAUGUCCACCCAGAAUGUGGUUUCAUGACAGAGCUGAAGAAAAAGGAGGCUGAAUGUCUGCAGGACUUAGAAGAGGGUGGAAAUGCAACAUCACCAGGUUGCAAGAAAACUUGGGACAAAUUACUGUGUUGGUCAGAGGCAGAUGCUGGAGAGACUCUUGCCUUACCAUGCCCAGAUUUCCUCUCUCACUUCAUGAAGGAACCAGCUGGGAUAGUAAGAAGGAACUGCACAAAGAAAGGCUGGUCUGACCCAUUUCCUCCCUACCAUAUUGCCUGUCCAGUAGAAGAUGAGAUUCCACUUGAAGCACAGUCCUACUUUUCUACAAUAAAGAUCAUCUACACAGUAGGAUAUGGUGUGUCCAUCACCUCACUCAUUAUUGCUGUGACAGUUCUUGUUGCAUUCAGGAGGCUUCGCUGUCCCAGAAAUUACAUCCAUGUACAGCUCUUUUUUACUUUUAUCUUAAAAGCUAUUGCUGUUUUCAUUAAGGAUACUGUCCUUUUCCAAGAGGGGGAUAUUGAUCAUUGCAGCUUCUCCACAACUGAAUGCAAGAUCUCAGUUGUUUUCUGCCACUACUUCAUGAUGACCAAUUUCAUGUGGCUGCUGGUAGAGGCUCUUUACUUAAACUGUCUGCUACUCUCAUCUCUUUCUCAUGGAAGAAGGUAUUUUUGGUGGCUUGUUCUCUUUGGCUGGGGUUUUCCAACACUUUUCACCCUUACAUGGAUAUUAGCAAAACUCUACUUUGAAGACACAGCAUGCUGGGAUAUUAAUCAAGACUCUCCUUACUGGUGGCUCAUCAAAGGACCUAUUAUAAUUUCUGUUGGGGUCAAUUUUGCCCUGUUUAUCAACAUCAUCAGAAUUCUGCUGAAAAAACUGGACCCUAGACAAAUCAACUUCAAUAACUCCUCUCAGUACAGGCGUCUCUCAAGGUCAACUCUGCUUCUCAUCCCAUUAUUUGGAACACAUUAUAUUGUCUUCAACUUCCUCCCAGAAUACACCAGCCUGGGGGUUCGGCUUUACUUAGAGCUCUGCAUUGGAUCCUUCCAGGGUUUUAUUGUAGCAGUUCUCUACUGUUUCCUGAACCAAGAGGUCCAAACUGAAAUUUGCAGGAGAUGGCACGGGAAGAGAUACGGACCUGUGCCAGUGUGGAGGAGGACGAGGUGGACUGUGCCAUCCAGUUCUGGAGUCAAAAUGACCACAUCUGUGUGCUAA